CUUUUUAAGGGAAAAAAUACUGUUUCUCACGGACGGUGACAGCGAAGCGGAUAAAGUCUUCAGUACCUGCUGGUCUUUGAAGCUCUGGAUUCUGGGACUGUUGGAAAAGCUCCAACAAAAUGAGGAAGAGGAGGGGGAGAAAAACAACUAGGCUGAAUUACAAUUGGAUGGAAGUCGAGGACAAGGAGAAGGAAGCUUAGGAUGAGGAGGAAGAGAAGCAGCAGGAGCAUCUUUAGGGAUCUCUAUGAUGUCAUUGAGAGGCUGCGGCGAGAGGCAGGACAUCAGCUCUUCCAGGGCACCCUGCAGGCUUGGCUGCUGGCAUCGGCGAGGGAGUGCGGCCACCGCUGGGAUGACGUGAACGCCAAACCGGAGUCCAUCACAGCUCGACUGCAGCUCCUUGUCUCAGAGUGGGAGGGGUUUGAAGCACAAAGAGAGGAGCUUGUCGUUUGGUUGGCUGAUGUAGAUUUCCAUCCGAGUGAGGUUGACCAGCUGACAGGAAACACCUGUGAAAAACUGAAACAACUGCAGGUGUGGGCUUGUUUUGAUAUGACAUAUAUUUGAUAUGAUACAUACGUCAGAGACAUUGUCCUAAACUGGACUAACAAAGGACCAUGAGUCCAACAUGAAACUUACCUUACAUAACAUAAA